ACCCCCCGCCUUGUGCAACACAUCUCCUAUUCUGCGGUAAAGAUGGCGGCGUCAGAGGGGGCGCGUAGCGGCCGGACAACGGCAAAACGAUUCUGAAAAGCUCCGGAUUUGACCGAAUCUCUCUCGCCAGGUACCGUUAAUUUCUGCUCGGACACCAUCUGGAUCAGCGGAAUAGAGACAAUAGCUGUCACACGCCGGGGUUGGGGUUUUAUUGUUAAAGUCAGGGUGGGUGGGUUUCACUGAUAGCUGCUAACGUUAGCUAACGGGCUAGCCGAGCGAGCUAAUACGGGCUAGUUAACGUUAGCUCGGCGAAGAAGAGCGGGGAGGGGAUUGAGGAAGACUAUUCGGGCCAGGCCGCUCCAGCUUGGGGGAAUGUGAACCAGAGGUGCACGGGGGGUUUGCUUGCUUCGUCCCAGACGUCCUUACACCAAACAACCGGGAUGGGACAGCAGGUAGGCCGCGUCGGUGAGAGCACAUCGACCGGACUCCAGCCACCACAGCCCCACGCGUCCCAACCGCACCAAGGGAAGGGGAACCGGGGGAGCGGCGCCGGGAGGAGACCCCGAGAACCCGGCAGUAGCACCGGGACACCGCCAGGCAGGGCUGCUGCAGUCAACGUGCCCGACCCAGGGAUCAAUAUCUUCACACAGCAUUCAGAAGCUCUUCACCGGCCGUUCGGCCUGGACUCUGCAGCGCUGACGGAGGCGGUACGCUGGAGCUCCAAGGAGAACCUACUGGGGGCGGCUGAGAGCGACCCUAACCUGUUCGUUGCACUUUAUGACUUUGUCGCCAGCGGAGACAACACGCUAAGCAUCACUAAAGGUGAGAAGCUGCGUGUGCUGGGCUACAACCAAAAUGGAGAGUGGAGUGAAGUGCGCUCUAAGAAUGGCCAAGGUUGGGUGCCUUCCAACUACAUCACACCAGUCAACAGUCUGGAGAAGCACAGCUGGUACCACGGGCCCGUGUCACGCAGCGCAGCAGAGUACCUGCUCUCGUCUCUCAUCAAUGGGAGUUUCCUGGUCCGGGAAAGUGAGAGCAGCCCCGGACAGCUGUCCAUUUCUCUCCGCUAUGAGGGGAGAGUCUACCACUACCGGAUCAACACCGCAUCUGAUGGAAAGGUGUAUGUGACGUCUGAGAGCCGUUUCGCCACCCUGGCUGAGCUGGUCCAUCAUCACUCCACUGUCGCCGAUGGCCUGGUCACCACCCUGCACUACCCCGCACCCAAAUGUAACAAGCCCACAGUGUACGGUGUGUCACCCAUCCACGACAAGUGGGAGAUGGAACGCACAGAUAUCACCAUGAAGCACAAGCUGGGGGGAGGCCAGUACGGAGAGGUGUACGUGGGAGUGUGGAAGAAGUACAACCUCACAGUGGCUGUCAAAACGCUCAAGGAGGACACCAUGGAAGUUGAAGAAUUUUUAAAAGAAGCCGCCGUUAUGAAGGAGGUUAAACACCCAAACCUUGUUCAGCUACUUGGUGUGUGUACAUUGGAGCCUCCGUUCUACAUCGUGACUGAGUACAUGCCACACGGCAACCUACUGGACUACUUGAGAGAAUGUGACAAGGAGGAGGUGAACGCUGUGGUGCUGCUGUACAUGGCCACGCAGAUCUCCUCUGCCAUGGAAUACCUGGAGAAGAAGAACUUUAUACACAGGGAUCUUGCAGCUAGGAACUGUCUGGUCGGGGAGAAUCAUGUUGUGAAGGUCGCAGACUUCGGCCUGAGCAGGUUAAUGACUGGUGACACCUACACGGCACAUGCAGGCGCCAAGUUCCCCAUCAAAUGGACUGCGCCAGAGAGCCUUGCAUACAACACCUUCUCCAUCAAGUCUGAUGUCUGGGCAUUCGGGGUGCUGCUAUGGGAAAUUGCCACCUAUGGCAUGUCUCCAUAUCCUGGCAUCGAUCUGUCUCAGGUCUAUGACCUCCUGGAGAAAGGUUACCGUAUGGAACAGCCUGAAGGAUGUCCACCUAAAGUCUAUGAACUCAUGAGAGCAUGCUGGCAGUGGAGCCCAAUGGACCGACCUUCAUUCGCAGAGAUCCACCAAGCCUUCGAAACAAUGUUCCAUGACUCCAGCAUCUCUGAAGAGGUAGCAGAGGAGCUCUGUAAGACGGCCUCCUCUGGUCACUGCGGACCACUUCACCCUUUCAGUCACGACAUGCCCCUGUUGCCUUCCAAAUCCCGCACACUCCUAAAGCACACAGAAAACAAGGAAAACAUUGAGGGCGGACUCGACGGGCGAUCUGACCACAGCACGCACGGUCACUCAGGCUGGGCGUCGUCUUUGUUAGGAGGGGAUGGCCGAUCAGGCAGCUCCCCAGCUCUGCCCAGAAAACAGCAACCAAGAGACAAAUCUCCCGGCAACCUUUUAGAUGAUGCACAGGAUAUGGGCACAUUUACAAGAGACCGUAAGACUGGCUUCUUUAGCUCCUUCAUAAAGAAGAAGUCUUCCUCUUCUUCAUCCUCACCAUCCUCUCAGCUCCAACACAAUCUCCCGACGCCACCCAAGAGGAGCAGUUCUUUCCGGGAGAUGGAAACUCAGCCUCACAAGAAAUACGAGCCAACCGCUGAUUUCAGUGCUCCUCCUCCCCUUCCCCAGUCGGACAGUCUCGGUGGCUUCUCUGCCUCUCCGUCUCACUCCCAUGGAGAGCCAACUCAGGCGCAGUCACGCUGCUGUGGGGCUGCUUUUGGACAGAAGCCCUCUGGUGGGGGACUUGCCUCACAGGUUACAAGCGGCAGCAGUUGGAGCGGGUUGGCUGGUUUUUUUACCCCUAGACUCAUCAAAAAGACCCUGGGAUUACGGACAGGAAAGACAACCUCUUCAGAGGAGGGUGGAAGUAUAGCUGGAGGGCCUAAACCCUUUCCUAGGUCCAAUUCUACCUCCUCGAUGUCAGCUGGGUUGCCAGACCUGGAGCGCAUGGCUCUGACUUUACCCAGGAAUCGCAGUGCAAAACCCCCUCUAGAGCGGACUGCAUCCACAACCUCGCAGCCAGAGAACGGGGCUGCGCGGCCCUCAGAAACUCUGCUGAGGAGGAUGGAUGAGGGGACAGCACAGAUCAGGGAAAGGCCCAAAGCCAAGCUAUUACCCCGAGGUGCUUCUGUAGGAGUGAGGGCACCAGGGGUAGGGGGGGAGGUAGGGGAAUCGGACAGUCUGUCUCGGGUGAGGGAGGGGAGAGAGGAGAGUGGGGGAGGACUGGACAGGCAGCAGAGUUGGCCAUCUCCAUCUAAGACUUCUAGUUCGAGUGCUUCAUCAGCUGCAGCAGGCGCACCAACUCACAACCACAAAGUUCCAGUCCUAAUCUCCCCCACGCUGAAGCAUAGCCCAGCUGAUGUGCACCUGGUCGGGCUAGACUCUCAGGGGAACCGCUUCAAACUGCUGUCUGAGCACCAAGCAGAUCGGGACAGGCCGCGACUUGUAAAACCCAAGUGUGCUCCUCCUCCCCCUCCCACCCUGCGCAGCCUGCAACACUCCUACAGCGGCGACGGAGAGGAGCAGGUAGGAGGAGCACCUGUGGAAGUAAACGGAGACACGUUGAAAGGUCACAGGUCAGGGCGAAUGUCAGGAGGAGCGGCGACGGGCAGACCGUCAGUGCCACCACCACAAGUGCCUCCUGCAUCUUCCUCCUCCGUUCCCUCAUCUUGCUCUGCCACCACCAACACGACUCCCACCAAAAUGGCCAACGGAGCCGCCACCACUGCCUCCUCCUCACACACAGCACCAUCUGCCGGUUCCAAAGUGGCACUGCGGCGAACCAGGCAGCAGGCAGAGAGGGUGCCCCUGGAGCGAGUUAGUCGCGAGGCCCUGCUGGAGUGCGCUGAGUGCCUGAGCAGCGCCCUCCACGCCAGCUCCGAAAGCCCCUCCAGCAGCCAGGUGCUGGACGCUGGCCACCAGCUGCUAGACUACUGCUCAGGUUACGUGGACUGCAUCCCUCAGAUGAGGAACAAAUUUGCCUUCCGAGAGGCGGUGGGGAAGCUGGAGCUCAGCCUGCAUGAACUGAGGGCCUCGUCCUCAGGAGGUGGAGGGCUGAGCGGCGUGGGGCCCAACACUGUACUGGACAACCUGCACAGCUGUAUUAAAGAGAUUAGUGACGUAGUACAGAGGUAGCCACUGUGACAACACCAACCGUCACCCCUAACUACCCGACAGACUGCUUAUAUUCCCUUUUUUUUAUGUUUCUGGUUCUUUUGACAGCUUUUUGGGGGACGAAACGAGAUGAAUCUCUAAAGUACCUCAGAGAAAUCACUACAAAAUUUAUUCUUUUUACUGUUUACAAACAACCGUUUCAUAAAAUGCCAGUGUGGACACUAAUUUUGCUCUGACCUGUACAUAUUCAGAAAUCUUUAUACCAAACUAAAUGUGGUUCAAGUCACACAAUGAAAUGUUUAGCCCCACGUCUCCACCUGGCCGUGAUAAAAGGCCUCCUUGUUAAAUGAAUGUCGAGUGUAUCAGCUGUGUGUAGCCAGGCCAGCGAGUCGGCCAAGUCUAAGCUCACUCUGCUUAUCUGUCAGUCUGUCACGUACUGAGCGCGAAUGAUGGUGGUUGUGCCCAGCUUUACUGAGAAUACUAGACAACUGUUUUCACUGACUAAGCUCGAACAGUGCUUCGCAAAUGAGUGAAUCAUCAGUUGGGUGUACUGUGUUUCGCAGUAGAGUAUUUUGCUCAGUGUCUGGGGAACUGAGUGACCAUAAGCCAUUUUUUAAAGCCAUUGUAUUCUAAAGGAUUGGAAGCAACAUGAGAAUUCAGUAUGAUUUAAGGUUUUGGGGUCUCAAUUUGACACUCUUGUUUUCUGUGCAGAUGUUUUUUUUAGUAUUUUUAUUUCAUUUUUAUGAUAGUAUUUUUUUAAGUAGAUGGACAAAUGUGAUAAAAUUAUAAAUCUCCCUAUAAUUAAAGGUGCAGUGUGUAAGAUUUAGGGGGACAUAUUGGCAGAAAUUGAUUGUUUUCUUCAGUUAUAUAGUUUUCGUUACCUUAAAGUGAACUGUUUAUAUCUUCAUAGGGAGCGGGUCCUCGUCCAUAGAGUCAGCCAUGUUGCGCCACCAUGUUUUUCACAGAAGCCCAGACGAGACAAGCCAAACACAAACUUGAGAUAGGGCCAAUUUAUGUUUUCACGUCAGCCACCGUAGUUAGUAGCUCUUCUGCGAUGAGCAGCAUUGGAAAAGUUAUUUUGAACAUGAAACUGCUUUAUUCAGUGUUUAAAUCACAUGGGUUCUUAUUUAUAAACAUUGCGUGCGCAUAAAACAAGGCCUGAAAGAGGUGUACGCCACCUCCCACACAAAAGUUGUGAUCUAUAAAAGCAGACUGUUUUUUUUUUUUUUUUUUAAAUAAAGAUAUAUAUAAGAUACUCUUUGGGGCAUUUUAGCCUUUAAUUGAUAGUACAGACAAGUGUUAAGGGGGUAGAGAGAGAGGGAGUGACAUGCAGCAAAGGGCCACAGGCGGGAGUCGAACCCGGGCCGCUACAGCAACACCCUUGUACAUGGGGCGCCUGCUCUAUCCACUAAAUCACCAACACCCCUGUAAAAGCAGACUUGAUGGGAGAAACUUUGACCCAUGCUUUCGAACAUUUUGGAAAGGAGGAAUUGGCGAUGCAGAUGGAGAUGGAAGCCUGAUUGUAGGAAUAGGCGACUAUUUUUGACCCCUAGUCCGUUUUUUUGGAGAGGAAGAGAUCUUUGUGGAUAAUUCGACUCCUGGUAAAAACCUCCUGAACAAUGAGCACUGAAGAAAAUCUAACCGGUAAAAGUUUCAGCUGGUUGCAAUCUGCAUUCCUCAGCGUUUCAUGCCACUAUAUCCCCUUAUAUCUUACACACUGCUUCUUUAAAGCCUUGUUUUUUAAGAAUCAUCUUUAGAGAAUAAUCAACUGUUUUGACGCUGACAUUCCCACGUGUCCUCACAAGACUGAAGGGAUCACUUACAUCGUUGAAAAUUGUGUGCAUUUGACAAGCAUGUAAAUAAGCUCAGAUGAAACGUCAAGUGUACGUUUCAGUAUUACCAAAUACAGGCUUAUCAAAUCUAAAAAAGAAAAGAUUUAAAAAAAAAAAAAAAAAAAGAUUUUUAUGAAUCUAUUUUGUUUAUUUCCCACAAUACUAAAACAUGAUGAAUGAUGGUGGGGUGUCUUAUCAUAUGCACAGCAUUUGUCUUCGCUUCAGUGACGUGACUCAUGUUCACACCUUAACACAGUGCCACAAAUAUGGGGAGAAAAAUAAAUCCUCAGUCUCCUAAAGCAUUUCAAUAUUUAUGUCCAGUAAUCCUUGCACACUACAUUUCUUCCUUGUAUGACGGAGCAGAAGAGAGUAGAGAGUAGAGGGAGGAGGGGGGGGAGAGCACAGGGUAGCGCAUGAGCAGGUGAAUUGGGACAGAAUUUUAUAAGUGUCCUUCUGAGUAUGGACAGUGCUGGAUUCCCUGUAGCCUUGUCGUGUCCUCAGUGCCUCAAAUUCUUCCAUGUAUGAACACUGCGAAACGCAGAGACCUACUUCACACUAAUCACACAGUACUGAUCUCUCAACAAACAAAAAACUGCAGUAUGUCUUCAGCACAUGAGCAAUUUGUACAUUAUUUGGUUCAAAGAAAAAAAUGCUUUUUAGAAUGUCUAUGUAUGAACUUGAAUUUUAAAUUAUUCCUUUUUUUUUUAUUAAAAGCACAGACCUAUUUUGAGAGAAAAGUUAUGUAAAUAUUUGAUUUAUUUCAUAUCCAGGAAACAAAAGAUUUAUGUGUGGUUACAGCAUAAAGAGCAAUGUUUUUGACUGAAGAGAUGUAUUACAAGACUGAGGCUCAUCCACCCAGAUCUGAAUAUCUGCUUUAUGAAUGUAUUAUUCUUCCGUUCUGAACCCGGGCGAAUGUUCAUCUGCAUGACUCUUUAAUCUCUUACGGUGCCAUUUUAUUUUAUUUAUUAUAAUUCUUUUUAUUGGCCUGUACUCCUAAUUUCAGUCACACUAAUAAGUCCAGAAACAGCUGCUCUGUUUUUUGAGCACAAACAAAACUGUGUACAGCGCACACAAAACUCAAGAUACUCUAUUUUCUUUGCUUUGGCUCACAUCUUUACGUACACUGGAUAAGGCCUCAGACACAUCGGUUCGUCCACACAUGUUGCAUACCGCAAAACCUAAUCACUGCAGGUCCAUAACACUUUCAAAAUGCCUGUUAAUGACACUUGAUGGAUUGCCAAGUAAACGUUUAUGUCAACUUGUGUUGUGGUGCGUUUUAUAUCAUCAUUUCACGUCGUCGUGUGUGAGUCUUAAUGUCCAACUUCUUGCCAAACAGGAUCCUACGAGACAAACUGAUGAUUGGUUUCUAUUCACUGUGAGUUUCUGAAUAACAUGGACGGAAAUAUCAUCUUUUCUUUCAUGAUUCUUGGUGCCUUUUUGUGAACAAAAUAAUUUAUGUACAGUACACUAUCACUGAAAGAUAUCACAGCUAUGGCAACGUUAAAGUACAUCUUUACAACAAUGUGUUUUCUUUCCUUUGCCAUGAGAUUGUGAUAAGCAUAUCACUACAGCAUGCAUUUCUGUCAUAUGGAGGUUAACAGUCAGAUGCAAACUUGAAACCGAAAGGUGCACUUUGUCUAUGAAGAUUAUGUAUUUAGAUACUCGGUUACAGAGGCCGUUCAUUAGCGGCCAUUAACACUGUUAGUGCAGCCACAUCCGGUUGUGUUUCCUCUCUGACAAAUGAAACAUGGCACUAAAGUGAAGCUGCUCUGGUGUCUCAGACUCUGACCACAUCAAAGGUUUUGUCUAAAAUAUCUCUUUUGAAUUGCCUAGCAAACUUAAUUAAAUUUCUGUUGAGUUGUAGUGCAUUUCUGCAGAGUAGUUUCCCCAAAAAAAGCCUUAUCUAGAAAAAAAAAUAACCUUCUAGAAACACACUCAAAGUCUGGACUGUUGUUAAGAAAUAAAGCAUAUCUAAUCAAUGAUUACAGAAUCAGUAAAUUGAUUUGGUGCCCAUGUUUUCUCCUCAAAUUUCUGCUCAUUCUCAUUAUCAGUCUCCUGCAUUGUCUUUAUUUAUGUCGCCUGCAUUUAUCCUGUAUAUCUGUUUUUUUUUUUUAUUUCCUCCUGUCUCUGUUUUGGAGAUCAGCUCUGGAGAACGUGUGUACACAUCAUUAUACCAAAGGCCACUUCUUCAGUUGUACGAGUGCAAUGUAAACCAACACACAAAAUAAUGGAAUAUGUGAAUCUAAACAGGGAUUUAAAAAAAAUGGCAGAGAUGUUAACAUUAACUUUUUUAUUGUACAAAAUAUAUAUUUUGUGUUUUUGUUUUGUUUUUUUUGUUUUGUUUUUUUUUUUUUAUUUAAAGCUCACGUUAUAUUACUGUGAAGUUUUGCUUAUCAGUGUUAAGCCUAUUGUAAAUAAUAAAGAUA